AUGGGCGAACUCGACAGGAUCGCCGUCGUAGUGCUCAGCAUUUCCCUCUUCAGCUUCCCUCUGUACGUCGCCAUCCUCGUUAUCAUCGCUCGCUAUCGAAAAUCCUUCUUCUCUGUUUUCUACGGUCUCAUCCUAAACCAGGUUGUCCAUCAUUGCUCCUUUUUGUUCGAAUGCUAUUUUCUAGGGACUGUAUGACUUGUCAUCGAUGUUCAAUUAUUUCGUUUUCUUCGCUUUCCGAGGAACUGACCCCUAUGCUGAUUUUUUCUGGAACUUCCGAACGGGGUUUAUUCCGCGUGAGUUGUUUCGGACUUUUGAUAAUAUUUCAGUUCAACUUUUCAGUUUGGUUAUACGCUUGCGUUUACUUUUUCCUUUAUCUUCGAGUUUUUGGAAUCCUGACGAUCACUUUAAACAGGUUUUUCGCAUGUGUUCUGCCCUUCUCCAAAGUGGACAGGGUAGGUUGAAAUGCAGAAUUUGCGCCUAGCAACUGCUUCAGAUGUUUCGAAAUACUUCCCGCUGGGCCUUCCUGACAGCGAACGUCAUUCUGGCCUUCUCGGUCUCUCUUCCAACUCUAGAUCACACAGCUCAGAUUGAUGACAAGGCGACGAUGAGCCCCAAACAAAACUCGCUCAACUUGGCGGUCAGACGGAGAUUCUUUUUCUUUGAUUUUUCUGUUCAUUUGCAGAGAAACACUCUAAUGGCCGCCUCUAUAAUCAUUCUCAUUGGAGCUGUGUGCUUUGUUUCCUACUGCGCCAUCAUUUACCGCAUAUCGUUUACGCAGAAGCUGCGGUAUCAUGUCCAACUGUUCUUUUCAUCGAAAGAGUUACCAGGAGACAGAAAUCGGAUAGAGCAGAAAAGAACGCGGCAGUCCAACUCGGCAUGAUCCUUGCUGCCUUUUCUCUAAUUACGGCCCACUACACUAUAAUUUUUACGUGCAGCUUGACACAGGUUUGUUUUCUCAGUGCAUUUCUGGGAAAAUAGUUAAUUUAGACGGCUUCACCUCUGCUGGAGACGUUGAGGUCAGCGUAUCCGGUCUGGAGCGCGAUUCUCUCAUACAUGCCGGCGUGGACGCUGCUCAUUAUCAAUAGGGACAUCCGCCAGAGACUUUUAGGCCUGCCAGACCACGUCACCGCCGCUACGUCGGUCGUCCAGCCGUCCGUCCGGCCCUGA